GUCGGGCUCGGGGGUCUCGCGGCUCCGGAUCCGGGAGGGGGCGCUCUUAUCGCCCCGGCCCUGCCUCCUUCCCUCACCAUGUGGCGGCUCCUGGGAGCCCUAGUGUGCGGGCCGGCCCAGAAUACCCGUCUGUGCACCAGCCUGCGAAAGCGUUGUUCAGGGAGACCCAUCUCUCGUGGUCGAGCCACUAUCUUCGCCCUGUCUUCUGGCCAGGGCAAGUGUGGUGUGGCGGUCAUUCGCACCAGCGGACCCGCCAGUGGCCCCGCUGUCCUGGGACUCACAGCCUCACAGGCCCUUCCACAACCCCGGGUUGCAACGCUUCGUCUACUGCAGGACCCUGGCUCCACUGAACCUUUAGACAGAGGUCUGAUUCUCUGGUUCCCAGGACCCCACAGCUUUACUGGAGAGGACUGUGCUGAGUUCCACGUCCAUGGCGGGCCGGCCGUUGUGAGCGCUGUGCUGGGGGCACUGGGCAGCAUACCGGGCCUUCGGCCAGCGGAGGCUGGAGAGUUCACCAAGCGAGCCUUUCAGAAUGGGAAACUGAGCCUGACUGAGGUGGAGGGGCUGGGGGACCUGAUCCAUGCUGAGACAGAGGCCCAGCGGCGCCAGGCCCUGAGGCAGCUCCAGGGGGAGCUAGGACAGCUCUGCCAAGGCUGGGGAGAGACCCUAACUACGGCCCUGGCCCACCUGGAGGCCUACAUUGAUUUCAGCGAGGAUGACAAUAUUGAAGAAGGCGUGUUGGAGUGGGUGGACACUACUGUGCGGGGGCUCCGGGAAGCCCUCCUGGCCCACCUGCAAGAUGCCCGUCGGGGACAGCGGCUCCGCUCGGGGGCCCAGGUGGUCAUUGCUGGCCCAGCCAAUGCAGGCAAGAGCAGUCUCAUCAACCUGCUGAGUCGGAGGCCUGUGGCCAUCGUGUCGCCCGAGCCGGGCACCACCAGGGACGUGGUGGAGUCAGCCGUGGACAUCGGGGGCUUCCCAGCCCUGCUGAGUGACACGGCGGGGCUCCGGGACAGCCCAGACCUGGUGGAACAGGAGGGCGUCCGGCGGGCCCAGGACAGGCUGGCUCAAGCCGACAUCGUGCUGGCCCUACUAGAUGCCACAGACUUGGCCUCGGCCUCUAGCCGUCACUUCCUGGAGACAGUGGUGACUCCUGGGGGACCCUCCACCCCCGGGCGCCGCAUCCUGCUGGUACUUAACAAGGCUGACCUGCUGCCAGAGGGGAUGCAGCCCAGGGGGCCUGCCCUGCCCCCCCACCUCCUGCUGUCCUGCAAGACAGAGGCUGGCCUGGAGGCUGUGCUGGCCUCCUUAAAGAGGGAGCUGGCUGCUGUAUGCGGUGAUCCAACCGUUGGGCCGCCGGUCCUGACCCGGGCCCGCCACCGUCACCACCUUCAAAGCUGUUGUGAAGCCCUGGGUCGUUAUGAACAAAGCAGGGCCCGGGACCUGGCUCUGGCUGCUGAGGAGCUGAGGGCUGCCCGAAGGCAGCUGGGCCACCUCACUGGGCAGGCCGGGGCCGAAGACAUCCUCGAGGUCAUCUUCCGGGACUUCUGCAUUGGCAAAUGAGGACUGAAGGAAGGCCAGGCAUGCACGGCCAGUCGGCAGCAGGGCCACAGGAUGGCCAAGAAGGAUUCUCCAGUGUGACUCAGGAGCACUGGGUUUGUUGAAGAAGUCUGUAGACAGCCACUCUGCCCACCUUGGCCCUGUCUAAUGUGCCUUCCCUCCUAGGCUGGGGCCUGGGCCUACUCUCUCCCCAGGAAGUCUAGGCCAUUAGGCGCUUACCUCCGUCAUCCUAGAAGAGGGAGGAGGUGGGAUGUGGAUUUCAGCUGGAGACAGGCUCCUUUACAAGAGUGAAUGAGGUGGCUCAGGCAUUCGAGGCCUUUGCAGAGCAGGGGAAAGGACACUGCCUGAUAAUAAACAGGCUUUUUAAAAAGAAA